GAAUGUCAGGAUGGACGGAAUCGUGUUUCACAGAGACCCAGCCCAUCAGUCUCACCGCAGAUCGCAGCCUGCGAGGGCAAACCUGUGCCCUUAAAUAUUGAUCGAUUUUUAACCCGGUUAAACUGAUCGCGAAAGCGAUAUUGUUCCGUUUAUUUACGUUCUCUUUUCGAAUAAACCUCAAACAAGCAUCGUAAAAAUUCGAAUUUAUUAAAAGCCUGUGGUUAUUCACGUUUGUUAGAAAUAUUAAUAGCUCAGCUAAAUUAUGCCACCUAUUGCCAGUCAGUAGAGGGCUGCGGAGUAAACAACGCACCCUUAAAUUUUACUUUUUUGGAAAAUCCUCGAGAAAAUUUUUUUAUGCAAAACAUUCGUUUGCCAUUAUUAAUUCGAUAUGAAAACCUGGCCAAAAUCGAACUGGUACUCCCAAUUUUUCAUCGGCAGUUUCCUUCUGUUUAUUCAUCUUGAAAACGUUCAACUAGUCAAUGCUCAGAAUUCUGAGACGACAGUGGCAGCAGAAGGGGCCAAGAAAGGACACAAUCCCGAUGACGUUCGACAGCAUCACUGUUGCGCGAGACACGAAAAAAUGAUUGACGUUGGCGAAGGCAUAUCCAGAGAAGUAAUUCGAAUCGAUGCUGGGCACUGUCGCAUGCAAUGUCCGAAACACGUGUCCGACGAUCCUGGGGACGCCAGUCGACCAGCUGUUACGACAUGUAGCGCACAGAAUUCACACUGCCACCCGAGAGCAGCUCGUCUCGAAAGAGUCUCGACCCUCCAAGGGGUCAAGGUCAUCGAAGCGGUCGACACUUGUGACUGCUCGAUAAACUUUAUUGACUGCAGACGAGAAUCUUUGACGCAUCUCGUCCACUCCGGCACCCCCCACCAGGUCGUCAUCGACGUCGGGGUUUGCAUGGGCUUCUGCAGCACAAAUCUCGGCAGCUGCAAACCACUGAGAAAUCGCACGAUCAGCGUUCCCGGCCCGAAUGGUGACGAAGUUUAUCAGGUUAUCGGGGAAUGCAGGUGUGCCGGAAAUUGCUACAGGAUGGAUCACACCGAGAGUGUAUUGGAUUUCAGUGAAAUCGAGAUCAAAGACGGGACAAACACGACCGACGUAAAGCCACUAGUGAAGGUCCGUCAAAUCAACGUGGGCCAAUGCGUUGGUUCCUGUCCCGGAAACGAGACGGAAACUUGCCUGUUGCGGGACAAAAAAAAGCCGAGUAGGUGCUUGGCGGGCUUGUAUUCGAAGCAGCACACGUGCACGCCCGCGAGUUUCAAAGUCCACGAGUACAGAACACGGAGAGGAUCGAGGCGAGAAAUAAUACAGAUAUCCGAGUGUGCCUGCAUCUAAAACUGCCCACGACGACAUCGGAAGAAUGCACGAGACAAACCGUCACGAAACUCGUGUUAUUGAAAUAUCAAGUGACACAGUUUUGUCAUUAUCACAACGAUAGAGACGAAAACUAAUUUAACGAACCGUCGCAAAUUCUUCAAUUUAGUUAACACUGAUAAUAGAAGUAAAUUGACGAUUUAUCUCAGUUCUUGAACUGUACGUUGACGACGUCGAUGUAUCGGUUUUAUUACGCUUGAAUAAGGAGCUUAUGAAUUUCUACUUGUUUUCGUAGAUUUAAGACUUGCAGUGAAACUUUUUCUGCCAAAAACCCUUCGGACCUCCAAAGAGGAAAAUAUUUGUGUAAAGUCUCAUUAAAUAAAGUUUUGUGACUUUUUGCAUCGAAA